AUGGCUCCCGAUAGAACUGGGAAAAGUGUCUUCCUGGGGAAUAUCCCCUACAACCUCACGGAGGAGCAAGUCAAAGACAUUCUGAGCACGGCCGGAACUGUCACCAAGUUCCGAUUGAUGAUGAAUCCGGAGACUGGCAAGCCUAAGGGUUAUGGAUUCGCCGACUUCGCCGACGCCGACGCCGCUGCUUCGGCAGUGCGCAACCUCAACGACCACGAGGUCAUGGGCCGCAAGAUUCGCGUCGACUGGCCUCACAACAACGAGAAAGAUUCCAUACCCCCAGACUAUUCGCAACAGUCGCAGCCAAUGAUGAACCAAGACCCCGUACAGCAGCAGAUCCCAGGCUCAGCACCACUGCCACCUCUCCCACCAGGCGUGGAAUUGCCGCCGCAUAUCGAUUGUCCCAGCGCUAUCUCCCACACCCUCGCAUCUCUCCCACCAAACCAGCUGCUGGAUGUCUUAACACAAAUGAAAUCUCUCGCCGUUGCUGACCCAGCCCGGGCUACUGAUUUGCUGCGCCAGGCACCCCAGCUUGCCUACGCCAUCUUCCAAGCCUUGUUGCUCAUGAACCUGGUCGAAUACCAGCUCCUCGGUUCCAUCGUGGAACAGGCUGCUCAACCUCCACAAGUCCCUCAACAACCACCACAGCCUCAGCAGUUCCAGCCAUAUGGUGUCCCCGGCCAAAUCUCCACACCACCAGUUGCCGGCACACCCUUUGCCCCUCCACCUGCUCCACCUGCUGCGCCAGUUCAUGGCCAAGAAGAACUCCUCCAGCAAGUGAUGAGCAUGCCCCAAUCUGCUAUUGAUGCCCUUCCACCAAUGGAGAGGGGCCAAAUCAUGAUGCUGCGCCAGCAACUCAUGCAAAGUGGCAUGCGCUAG